ACUACCAGUAUUUCCUGGUUGUCGAUGUGCCGUAAAACGGAUAGAAGUGUCGUGAUUGACUGAGGAUUUAUAUAGGCGUGCCCUCUGGGUUGAGCGAGAAGUGGGAGAGAGCCUGCUCAAGCUAUCGCGUCAAACAUGUCUGAGCCAAUUAGAGUUCUGGUGACCGGCGCUGCUGGGCAGAUAGCCUAUUCCCUGUUGUUCAGCAUUGCCAAGGGAGAUGUCUUUGGCAAAGAUCAGCCAGUCAUAUUGCUCCUUUUGGACAUCACUCCCAUGUUGCCAGUCCUGGAGGGUGUUGUCAUGGAGCUGCAGGACUGUGCUCUCCCACUUCUGAAAGAGGUUGUCCCCACUGACAAGGAGGAAGUGGCCUUCAAGGACCUGGAUGCUGCCAUCUUGGUUGGCUCCAUGCCCAGGAAGGAUGGCAUGGAGAGGAAGGACCUGCUCAAAGCCAACGUGGCCAUCUUCAAGAGCCAAGGCGCUGCCCUGGAGAAGUAUGCAAAGAAGACCGUCAAGGUGCUGGUUGUGGGAAACCCUGCCAACACCAACUGUCUGAUUGCAGCCAAGUCUGCUCCCUCCAUCCCCAAAGAGAACUUCUCCUGCCUCACCCGUCUGGACCACAACAGGGCUCGCUCUCAGGUGGCGAUGCGCUGCAGUGUUCCUGCCACCCAUGUGAGGAAUGUGAUCAUCUGGGGCAACCACUCGUCCACCCAGUAUCCCGAUGUGCAUCAUUGUGUGGUCAACAUGUCUGGUAGCGAGCUCGCCUGCUUUGAUGCAGUCAAAGAUGAUGCCUGGCUCAAAGGAGAGUUCAUCACUACAGUGCAGCAGAGAGGCGCUGCAGUCAUCAAGGCCAGGAAGCUGUCCAGCGCCAUGUCUGCAGCCAAGGCCAUCUGUGACCACAUGAGAGACAUCUGGACAGGCACCAGCGAGGGAGAUUUCGUCUCCAUGGGUGUUUACUCAACUGGUAACUCAUAUGGAGUCCCAGAUGACCUCAUCUACUCAUUCCCUGUCCAUAUUAAGGACAAGAGCUGGAAGAUUGUUGAGGGCCUGGACAUCAACAGCUUUUCCCGGACAAAGAUGGAGGCCACAGCAGCCGAGCUGAUCGAGGAGAGAGACACAGCCGUGGCUUUCCUGGGAGUAUGACUAGACCCUUCAAAGCCACCUAACCAGCACUUAGACAGCCCCAAGACUCCAGACUCACGCCUCUGAUAAAGCACUCCACCAAUCCCAGUGGCAUUUCUCUAUAUGUGUGUGUGUAUAUCCGUGUGUGAGAGAGAGGGUAAGUCAGUGCUUAUGAGUGUAAAGUUGGAUUUAUACUUGUGUAAAAAUGUACAGCAGCUAUGGAGAAUUCUCAACACUGUUGGCGAUUGUUGUUAGUGAAGACAACAUUUUCACGAUCGCCAUGCAAAUCCAUUUGCUCUGCACACCUUCUACUGGCUCUGAUCUGCUCUGUCAAUUAUAGAGUGAAUAGAGACAAUGACCAGGCUUACUUUGGCUUUAAGCGAUCACUUGACUUCUUUUCAGUUAAGAGACUCUUACAUCAGGGCGGCUGCACACUGACGCACAAGUAUAACUCCACCUUAAGUAUACAGUAAAUAAUGAAAGUACACAACAUAUGUUACCAGCUAUUCAUCAAUAAUCUUUUUCUGGGGGGGUGAGUGAAACAUGGAUGGUUGUUACAUAUAGUUAAUGAUGCACUAAGUCCUAUUACACUGGAACAGAUAACUUAUGAAGCUGAAGUAAUAAAAAAAAAGCAAACACUG